ACCCAUUCCGAGGCCCUCCUACUUUACCACUUUUGUUCCAAAGGCCCCUAGACGAAACUUUUUCAUCCCGAAGCCCUUCUACUACUGAAACUGUAAUAACGAUGUCCCUCCGUGGAUGGAAAAUCCCGCGUGCUUCCCAACCGUCGUUAACAAACGGAAUGCCUCGCCACGUCAUAGUAAGCACGUGAAUCUGUUGGACAGCGUGGAAAUAAUUGCCAUGUGGUUUUUACCCACUGCUUAUUACGUGGAUCGGUAUAAAAUUUAUUAACUCAAUUUUUUUUACCCUUUUACCCUUUCUCCUAACCAUCCUCCUUUAGCCUUCACGUCCGCAGCCCUAAAUUUUCUCCCUUUCAAUUGUUUUCUCUGGUUUGGUUGUCUGUCUUACGUCGUGCACCCUUCUCUUUUUUUCUAUUCUCGUUCGUUCUCGUGCUUCGCGACUAUGGCUGAGGAAAUGUACGAUGGUGUGAUUCCGGCUACUGAGAAUAGCAACUGCAAGUGUGGAAAGAAGGCGAAGAUGCUGGUUUCCUGGUCAGAAAAGAACCCCGGGAGGCGAUUUUUCCGGUGUGAGGGGAACAAGUGCUCGUAUUUCAUGUGGCAUGAUGAAGAGUAUGCUCACCACAUCAAAACAAUGCUGAAUCAUCUGAAACGUCAAGAAACAAACUUGUCCAAGGAGGGGGAAUAUCUGAGGGGUGAAGUUUUUCGUCUGAAGUACCUAAUGGACCAUGCUAGUUCCCUUGAUGCUAUCGAGAUGGAGAAGAACCUGAAGGAAGUCAAAGCUGAGAAAGCCAAUUUGGAGGGCAAAGUGGCUGAAUUGAACAAAGAGUUGAACAUGGAGCUGAAAAAAAAAUUAGGGGAGAUGCAGCAGUAUGAGAAGGAGAUCCAGUCUGUGAAGAAGCAGAAGGAGCUGAGCAAUUAUCUUGUCACUGCUGUGGCUGUGUUGCUGAUUGCCUUUGUUAUUAUGAUGAAAUUUUAAUUAAAGCUGUUAAGCUUGCUACUCUUAACUAUUAGGUGGUUUAUUAAGUUUUGUUGUGUUUAUGUACUUAAGUAGGUAAUUUCUGAAGUACUUUUGAGCAAGUUUAUGUUGUGAUGCAGUAUGUUGUGUUGCGAAGUACUGUCUUGUAU